GACAGGCAGUCAGUUCACUAGCCCUGCCCGAGGAAAUGCUGGAAAAUGGCAAAUUGGUUCUUUACAUAAAACGGUCCAUGAGUGUUAAGACACUCGACGAUCAACGCCGCAUGGGCGAUUGGGAGGGAAUUGAAAGAAUUGAUUUCUUGGGAUAGCCUGUCUUUUAGAUGAACGAAUCCUCAAUCGCUAACUAAAAUUCUAGGAUUGAAGUGGACAUGUUCUCAAAAUUCCCUGUUGAAUUUCCCGGGGGAUCGACCUUCGGGGAAAUCCCUACAUAAAAAAAAGGGGGCUACCCAAUGCAGUGGAAACGAAAACUCGUAUGGCAGCGGGAUGGCAGAAGUGGAAUAAUGAAAGAAUCCAAAUCCUGAGAUCUGGAUAUUCCUCGAGGCGAACUUUAAAUCGAGGCCCAGAGCGCCGCUUCAUCGUGACCCCUGUUUCAUAAAACUCUUCAUGGGUAUAGCAUACACCCAGGAACCAGAAACGAAGUGAUUGCUGCUUGUAGUAGAGUUUUAACUGGUUUCUUCUGACAGACGGUCCCUGAAUCGAUCUUAAAGAAACUUUUACUUCGAUACAAGAACUAUAUACAAAGUAGUCUUAGACUUUACAUCACGAUUCACAAACGACGUCUGUUACCCUGAGAUAAUCCUAUUAUAUUACUGUCAUUAUCUCCUUCCGAUUCUCCAUUAUUCCUUCGGUAUAGGCGUUCAUUUGGUUGCAUUAUUGCAUUGAGCUCCACCUAGAGAUGGUCCAGCUUCGGUGAAAGCUUCACAACAUCAAUCAUUACCAUGAUCACAUUACUAUCUCCAAACUAUGUGCCUCAACCUACGACAAGUGCAGACUUAGCUAUCGCAUCAAUUGCUUUUGGGUGGACUCUUGGUUUUGGAUGGUUAACAACAUGGACGGCAUAUAGACAAACAAGACGAGUUCGACAACGCUAUGGAAUCACUCGAGUUCAUACUCCAUAUGUUGUGAUGAUAUGGUCUGAAAUCGUCGUGUGUUUGGCUUUCGCAAUCAUAUGCUGGAUUCAUCUAUAUGAUGCCACUCUUGUCCCACCAAGUUUCGCUUUCUUUUUCUGUAUCCUCACUCUCUGGGCACUCCAAGUUCAAUUUCUUCUCCAGAUUAUAGUAAAUCGAAUCAGCAUUCUCUUCACUGUCAAAGAGAAAGCCGUUCAUCUCAAAAUCGCCGUCGCGGUGCUCAUCACACUUAUCAACAUUUCGGUUUACUGCAUUUGGAUUCCGGCCAGGCUACAAAUUUCAGAAAGAUACGUUCACCUCAAUGAUGUCUGGGAUCGGUGCGAAAAAAGUAUUUACUUGCUGGUGGAUGCAAUGUUGAACUUUUACUUUAUGAAAACGGUAUACAGCAAACUUGUCGGCAAUGGCUUGCAAAAAUACAAGACGUUGAUCAAGUUUAAUGCGGUAUUGGUGGUGUUUUCCUUGAGUAUGGAUGCGUUGAUUAUCGGAAUGAUGAGUUUGAACAACUCUUUUGUAUACAUGCAAUUUCACCCUCUCGCCUACAUUGUCAAACUCAACAUCGAAAUGAGCAUGGCCGAAUUGAUUGCUAAAGUCUCCGUUCUCCCAAACACCUAUCUUCCAUCCAAGAAUCGGAUGGCCCUCAAAAUCGGUAUCCAGACCGAUAUUUCCAUCAAACAUGAUGAUGCCGAUGACAUGCAAACGUUAGAGUUGCAGGAAACAGUUAGUAGUCCAGCGCCGACGAUUAGUAAACAGUUCGAUCACGGACGACCAGUGGUAUUUGCAGGAGAGGAUUACGAGAAUGAUAGCGAGAGAGAGAUAAUAAGGAAGAGAGGGGAGAGUGAUGUGAGGAUAAAGGGGGGCACUUGGUUAAGUGCCUAGUUAGUGGAUGAGAAAAUGAGUUGUGGGAGGUUUUAAAAAAAUAUAUGAUUAUGAUACGCUUCAUUGCAGUAUAACACUAAUUUGAUAUGACACCACA